GGGCAAAUUUGCGGCUGUUCGCCGGGCGAUACACAAGAAUACCGGUUUGCAUUUCGCUGCGAAAUUCCUAAAGCGACGCCGACGCGCACAGAGCAGCGACAAGGAGAUCAAGCACGAGAUUGCCGUCCUAAUGCUCUGCGAGGGCGAGGACAAUAUUGUCAAUCUGAAUGCGGUCCAUGAGACACGCUCCGACACCGCACUGCUCCUGGAGCUUGCAACUGGCGGUGAACUGCAAACGAUAUUGGACAACGAGGAGUGUUUGACGGAGGCACAGGCUCGUCACUGCAUGCGGGAAGUUCUCAAGGCUCUCAAAUUCUUACAUGAUCGCUCCAUUGCCCAUUUGGAUCUGAAGCCACAGAAUAUAUUGUUGGCUGGCGAACGCAUUGAGGGUGAGUCUUCUAUUUAGUAAGAGUAGUACGAAGAAUUUGAAAUAAUAGAUAGAUCA